AUGAGUGACAAACUUGACGCGGAAGCUUUCCUCUGCUAUGUUUCCGCCUUGGAAUUCGUGGUGGCCAUCAUCACGGCGAUACUGAACAUGUACUUUACAUUGAGGAUCAACCAGUUGUCAACGUUCAGUCCGAACUUGAGGACGAUCCUUGUAAGUGUGCUGGGGUAUUUAGCGGGGAGGACCCCAAGUGCAACGUUCAGACUUUAUUCAAAUUUUUUAUGUUUCGGGAAUAUUCUAUACAACAAUUCCUGAAAAUUUUAGCUCCCGCUUGCAGGGGCUGCCAAUAUAUCCAGCAAUUUUUGUUGCUGAGCGAGUACACGAAACGCGGAGAGCGGUCAGAGAGAAAAACUCUUUUACACCAUCUCUUUGCUAUUUUGGUGCUGAAAAAAUUGAUUUUUUGUGGAAACAUGACUUUAUAUGGUAAAAAUAAACAGAAAACUUAUCAUGCCAAAAUUCUUAAAAAAUGGCUCAGUUUUGCAGAUUUAGGGUCUAAAAAUCUCGGUCGUGUCUGUAAAGCGCCGGCUAGGAAUUGUCAAAGAACAGCCGUACGUACCAUUAGCUCUGCAUUUCAGACAGUUGAAGCGAUCCUGGCGUCAAUCCUGCCGUUCUUACACUUGGCCACGUACCAUAUUCCGGAGCACCUGCACAGCUUCAAAGACGGAAAUUAUGUGUCGGGCGUCGCGUUCUAUCUCUUGAUGGCCCUGCAUCAAGUUGUGAUGGUCGUUUUCGAAAGCAAAUACCUUCUAAUUGCGCUGGAAAGAUGGGUCGCGUACCUUGCCCGAAGAGAUUAUGAAAAUCGCGGCUCAGAGUUGGCCUACAGAUUGUUUCUGAUCAAUGUAAGUGGUUGGUGCGUUGAAAAACUUUCGUAUUUAUUUCCAGCUGCUGAUAGGAGUUCCCAUCUUGCUUUUUAAGUGGACCUCAAUUUGGAUGGUGUUUGAUGGAGCGCCAAUGGAUUUGCGGCUUCGGCGGACGUUUGUCUUGGAGAACUACAACGACGGUUUGAUUCCAAGCUAUCUUGGAGGCUUUGUGCUCAUUUUUUCGGCAAUUGCGGUAAGAGUUAAUCCAUUAUCCUUGGCUAAAAACUCUUGGUGACGUGUUUUUCGGGGUUCAAGCUACCAUGCUAUAAAAUCAUGAAAUUUUGAAGGCAAAGGUGAAAGAAUUGUGGUCUAGGGGGAAGUUGAUUUGUUGUUUUUAAUUUUUUGUACCUUCUUUACUUCCUCUUCAAAAACUGAGAGAAAUAUGAGGGGUCGAAGCUACAUAUAAUAUAAGUUUGACCUACAAUUCGAGUUUUCUGCUAGCUACAAUUGGCAGUAUCAAGGUUUAGCUUGACGAAGGUUCAUGUUUUGUAUAUAUGCACGCUUUCCUCAAAGAGCUUGAAAUCUCGGCAUUAGUAUGGGUUUCCUCCUUUUGCUGAACGAAUCAAAAAAAAUCUUAUGGCGCUAAGAGCAUCCAUAACGGUUGAGAAGCAGGGCUACAUCUCUUACGAAACACAAAACACAGGAAAUAUUGGUAUUUUUUGGUCAUUUCGGGAACGUCUUCCACCUUGAUAAAAAAUAAAACAAUAUCGGAAAACAUCAUGCGUCAUUUUUUAACAGUAUUAAAACAAAAUUAGUCAGCAUUUUUUUGUUCCGUUUGUGUGCACAAAAAACCAUUAGUUUCCACAAGGAACGUACUGCAAUAGUGAGGCAGAGACCUUUAGAUCAAAAGCAAGGCAAAAAUUUGGCGCUUUUUUGGCAUGAAAAAUAAAAAAAGUUUAAAAAUUUAUUCCUUGAGAUGGUAGUGCUUUCACAAAAAAUCAAUUUCUUCAAACUGGCAAGGAUAUGGGCAAAAAGCGUUUUUUCUAUGUGAGCACUCUUCCCAUCCAAGCAUUCUUUUGGCGGAAAAGUAAAUUGAAUAAAGACAGAAGUUGAAGAAAGUUGAAUAUAUCGGAUGCCGCUUGAAAGCGCGAGCUAAAACUUUGAGUAAAUUAUAUGUGGCCUAUGCUUCGACAUGCACAAAAUUUAAAGAAGACCUGGGCCUUGCACUUGGGGUAGCUCCUCUAUUCAAAUUUCCAGACACUGAAUAUCCCUCCUUUUCAGAUUUUCCUCUGGCUAAACUCACAAGUCUCAAAUUGUGAGACAUACGCCAACUCACUGUCCGAAAGCUACGAAAUUCGCCAAACCAAAGCCGUCCUGCACUACGUCAAGAGCCUGUUGGCUUCGUUUAUCAUCCUAAUUUGUCUGUGUGGUGUCGGCUUGUCAACGAUUGCAUAUUUGAAAUCAGUGUCGCAUCUGGACGACGACUCGGCAGAGUUCAAGAUUGUCUUUACCGUAAGUCUUUAUUCCCUUAUUUGUACCCAAAAUUCGCUCAGUUCCUCUACAUGUGCCUGUCGGUCUACAAUUUCAUCGCAAUGCUCUACAUGAUCAGAAGCUUUCCGCAAUUGCAAACCGUCAUCAUCAAGGACUUCCCGUUCCUCGACAGUCGUGGAGUUGCAGUUCAUCCGGCGGCGGAGUGCGAUCACGCCGAAGCGGGGAGAAUGUAUUUCCAGCAGCUGAGGGAUGCGUGGGAUACAAAAUGA